UAGAAAAACAGCAACAUACGUUUUAAAAAAACGAAUAGUAAUAACGUAGCUUUAUUGUUAACAUUUUACAAUACCAAAGUUUUUCGAAUCCAUUUUUGAACCAAUAUUUCAAUCAACUAUACUAUAUUUUACAAAUACAGUAUUCGAUACAAUGUUGAAGAUUAUGUGUGUAUUGUCAUUGUUGCUGGUUAUAAAUGCUAAAGACGAUGACAUGGACAUUGAAAAUAAAGGUCCAUACAGGUGGUUUAGCUCGAGAACCCCUUACGAAUUAGUGUCCUCGCAAAAAAUUGUUGUACCAGAUGGUUACACGCCACAACAAAUUUUUACUAUUAACAGACACGGAACGUCACAUCCCGAAAAACACUCUCGCAAUUAUAUGCUAAUGAAACUUACGGAUUUUACAACCAAACGUGGUGCUAAGAUUAUUAAAAAUGCUAGAUUGAGUAGUGAAGAUAUUCAAUCGAUUUUAAAUUGGAUACCAAACAAAGACCACAACUUUGGCCCAGGAUUACAUCAAAAAGGCCAAAAGGAAAUAAAAGAAUUGGCACAGAGAAUAAAAAACUCGUUUUCCACUAUUUUUAGUACCCCAUUCAAUGAUAGUGACUAUACUGUAAAUUCUUUGCCAGAUGAACGUUGUGAACAAACUGGGCUAAUUUUUCUUCAAACUAUUUUUAAUAAUAAUGACAUUACCAGUAUACCCGUGUGUCAUAGUGAAGACAAAAUUCUGAUGCAAAAAAACAUAAUGAGUUAUGAUUCGAGUGACAUGAAAACUUAUAUUGAUUUGCAAAUGCAACAGCAAAAAAUAAAAGUUAUGUCUGAAAUGGAUAGAUUCAAAUCAAGCGAAAUUAUGGCAAAUGUCGUGCAAAUGGUUAGAGAGAGGUUGGGGCUAGAUCCAGAAGAUCUUGAUCCUGAUCUGGUAUUUUUCAUGUAUGACAUGUGUACACACGAAGGUUCUCCAUCAGAUAACGGCACGCCAGUUUGGUGUAAAGUAUUUAGCGAUAGUGAUCUUGAAGUUUUGGAGUACGUUGAAGAACUGUAUAUGUUUAAUACUGUGGGUUAUGGCAAUGAUUUCCACCCACAACUUGCCGCCCCAAUGUACAAACGUCUAUUAGUAUCCUUACAAGAAAAAGUCGGAGAAAAAGUCGGAGAAAAUCGUCCGAAAGGCGUAUUUUAUUUCGCUAACACUGAAAACGUACUAAGCAUGUACGUGGCGUUAAAUUUAGGUAGAGGUGACCAAACGUUAAACGCGGAAAACUACAGGGGUAUGAAAGAUCUCUCGUGGAGGACUUCCAAGAUCGGUCCGUGGGCCGCAAACUUCAUGGCUGUCCUUUACAAGGACGAAGCUGGUAAAUUUUUUGUAGCGUUUUAUUUUAACGAACAACUUACUACUAUAAAGGUGGAAAGCGGCAACGAUUGUCAAUUUUGUAGUUGGAACGACGUUGAAGAGAAAUUAGAAUUAUAUAAAGAUAAAAAUUUGUAUAUUGAUUAAGUACUAAAAAUUAAUAUUGUAACUAUGUAAAAUUAUACUCUACUGCGUAUGAAGGAUACAGGAGUAAACUGAAAAAAUCACUUUUCUUAAAUCUAUGGAAAACACGUUUAAAAAUGCAGCAGGUAAAAUAAAACAAACUUUAUGAUACCGAAAUAUUAAUUUUAGAAAAUAUGACGUUCUGGUUUUUACUCCUUAUCCUUCGCAUGCUAUUUAAUUUGAUUCGCGUGUUUUUAGAUUGUUUUACAAUUAAAUACGUUUUAUCACAGCUAAUCGAAAUUGUAAAAUUCAUUAACAUAUUAUUUUAAUCAAUACAAUUGUUUAAUACAA